AUGGCCGAUUACGCAUCACAGACAGUUGCUCAAUUAAAGGAGGUAUUGAAAGAGAGAGGGCUUAGUACAGAGGGUAAGAAGGCUGAUUUAGUGGCAAGGUUGACUGAGUCCGAUAGUUCUACCCUAGGGGAAGCAGCAGAACCAACUACAACAUCAACAAAUGCGGCAGAACCAGCUACGGAAACUCCGGUAGAAGCUGCAGGUGCUACUGUCAAAGAAUCAGCUGCUGUUAAUGCCCAAGCAGACGCUACUGAAGCUACCGCCUCCACUAACACCACAACCACGACCGAAUCAGCCUCCAAUGACACUACUUCUGAAACCAAAGAGGAGAAAGAAGCCCCAAAGGUAUUAACUCCAGAAGAAAGAAAGAGUUUAGCUGUUGAGUUAUUAAACAAAAAAAUUGCUAGAGCGGAGAAAUUUGGUGAUGAAGCUGCUGCUGAACAAGCUCGUAAAGAUUUGAAUCGUGUUUCUAAAUUUGGGGUUGAAUUGGGUACGUCAUUAGCUAGAGAGAUUGGAUUGGUUGAUAACAAACUAGGUGAUAAGAAACAUCACGGACGUUUCAAGGGGAAAAAGUUUGGUGGUAAGCACCAUCGUGGGUUCAAGAAGAACAAUCGUAGGAAUUAA